CUGCCCAGUCUCACCCCAUUCCUUUCUUCAAGUUUACGACUGGGCGAGUUCGCGGUCAAGAUGGGAACCGGAAAGAAGGAGGCGAACCGAAAGGUUCGUCAAGGCAAGACCGGCGAUGGCAUGGCCAAUGUCAAGACUAAGGGCGAAAAUUUCUAUCGUACUGCCAAGCGUGUGCGCCAAUUGAACAUUUUGAAGGAUGGCAAGGCCCAGCGCAACGCCGACGGCGAGAUCACCAAGGCCGCUUCGUUCCAGAGCCGUGAUAUCCCCAACGCCCGGAUUGAGCCCAACCGCAAGUGGUUCAACAACACGCGCGUCAUCUCCCAGGAGAGUUUGACGGCGUUCCGUUCAGCCAUGGCGGAGAAGGCCAACGACCCCUACCAGGUCCUGCUCAAGAGCAACAAGCUGCCCAUGUCGUUGAUCAAGGAGACCGAGAACAACGCCAACGGCGUCAAGCAGCACCAGGCUAAGAUGACGAUUGAGACAUCCUCGUUCGGCGAUACCUUCGGCCCCAAGUCGCAGCGCAAGCGCGUCAAGAUUGGCGCAGGUACCAUCUCGGACCUGAUGGAAGAUGCUGACAAGAGCUUGGACACCUACAACGAGCGCCUCGAGCAGGCUAAGCUGCUGAGUGGAAACUCGGGAGCAGACGCUGGCGGCGAGGACGAGGGUCACGUCACCAUGUCGAUCGAGCCAAUCUUCAACAAGGGUCAGAGCAAGCGUAUCUGGAACGAGUUGUACCGUGUGCUGGACUCUUCCGACGUGAUCAUCCACGCCCUGGAUGCUCGCGAUCCCUUGGGAACUCGUUGCUUGAGUGUUGAGAAGUACCUCAAGGAGGAGGCGCCUCACAAGCACCUCAUCUUCGUCUUAAACAAGACUGACUUGGUGCCUACCACUGUUGCUGCCCGCUGGGUUCGAUACUUUUCCAAGAUUCGUCCAACACUCGCGAUGCACUCUAGCAUCACCAACCCCUUUGGCAAGGGCAGUUUGAUCGAGUUGCUCAGGCAGUACGCAAAGCUGCACAGCGAGCGCAAGCAAAUCUCCGUCGGUCUCAUCGGCUACCCCAACGUUGGCAAGAGCAGUAUUGUCAACACAUUGAGGAAGAAGAAGGUUGCAAACGUCGCACCCAUUCCUGGCGAGACAAAGGUGUGGCAGUAUAUCACGCUCACCAAGAAGAUCUACCUCAUCGACUGCCCUGGUAUCGUACCCCCAUCUCAAUCCGACACCCCUCAGGACUUGCUCCUUCGCGGUGUCGUCCGUGUUGAGAACGUCGAGAACCCGGAACAGUACAUCCCCGCGGUGCUCGCCAAGGUCAAGACCCAUCAUAUGGAGAGGACCUACGAGCUAAAGGGUUGGAAGAACCACAUGGAGUUCUUGGAGAUGAUCGCCCGAAAGAGCGGUCGUCUCCUCCGCAAGGGAGAGCCCGAUUUGGAUGGUGUUGCCAAGAUGGUUCUGAACGACUUCAUGCGCGGAAAGAUCCCUUGGUUCACUCCUGCGCCGGUUGAUGAGUCUGCCGAAACUGAUGAGGCCAUUGAGGGCCGCGGUGGCAGGCUCGGAGAGAUGCCGCAGAAGCGGAAGCGAGACGAUGCUGAGAGCAUGCCCGACACAUCCAUGGGCCCGUCCACCAUUGCUGGUGACGACAGCGAAGAAGAGGAGGAAGAGGAAGAUGACGAGUUUGAGGGUUUCGGCUCCGGCGAUGAUAACGCUGAGGGUGAUAAAUCCUUGGCCGAGGCGUCCGAAGAUGCUGGCGAGGCUUCAGACGACGUGAUCCCGCUCGACGACAUCUCUGAUGACGACUCUGAGAGCGAUGACGAGAGUGGUGACGGCGCGGCCUCGGAGACGAGCUACAAUACCUCGGUCCGGGCUAUUUCGGACCGGAGCACCAGGAGUAGCACGGCUAAGAAGAGGAGAAAGACAUGA